AUGGCUAGCCAGGAAGAAUUUUUUAGGACGCAAAUAUUUGGGACGGUGUUUGAGAUUACGAAUCGGUAUGCGGAUCUGAAUCCUGUGGGUAUGGGGGCAUUUGGGUUGGUGUGUUCUGCAGUAGAUACGUAUACGCAGCAACCGGUUGCUAUUAAGAAGAUCAUGAAGCCAUUCUCCACAGCGGUUUUGUCCAAGCGGACGUACCGGGAGUUGAAAUUAUUGAAACAUUUACGACAUGAAAAUCUGAUUUGUCUAGAGGAUAUUUUCCUAUCACCUUUAGAAGAUAUAUAUUUUGUGACGGAAUUGCAGGGGACAGAUUUGCAUCGAUUAUUACAGACCAGACCGCUUGAAAAACAAUUUUUACAGUAUUUUCUUUAUCAGAUUUUGCGUGGGUUGAAGUAUGUUCAUUCGGCAGGGGUAAUUCAUAGGGAUUUGAAGCCUAGUAAUAUUCUGAUCAAUGAGAAUUGCGAUUUGAAGAUCUGUGAUUUUGGUUUGGCAAGGAUACAGGACCCGCAAAUGACUGGGUAUGUUUCUACGAGAUAUUAUCGGGCACCCGAGAUUAUGUUAACUUGGCAAAAAUAUAAUGUGGAGGUGGACAUUUGGUCCGCUGGGUGCAUUUUUGCUGAGAUGAUUGAAGGGAAGCCUCUUUUCCCGGGUAAAGACCAUGUACACCAAUUUUCAAUCAUCACAGACUUGUUGGGGUCGCCUCCAAAGGAUGUGAUUGAUACUAUCUGUUCUGAAAACACGCUUAAAUUUGUUACUUCGUUGCCGCAUCGAGACCCUGUGCCAUUUACUGAACGUUUUAAGAAUUUGAAGCCCGACGCAGUUGACUUGCUUGAGAAAAUGUUGGUUUUUGACCCUAAAAAGAGAAUUACUGCAGCAGAUGCUCUGGCCCACCCUUACUUGGCGCCUUAUCAUGAUCCUACGGAUGAGCCAGUGGCUGAUGCCAAAUUUGAUUGGAAUUUUAAUGAUGCGGACUUGCCUGUCGACACUUGGCGUGUGAUGAUGUAUUCCGAAAUUUUGGACUUUCAUCAGAUUCCAGAUUCGCAGAUCAAUCCGAAUGAUACAUUUGAUGACCAGGUAGCCGCUGCGACUGCAGCUGCUGAGGCUGCACGGCAGCAGCAGCAGAGAGAACAGCGUGAUCAGGUACAGCAGCAACAGCAGCAUCAAGGACAGGAGGAUCAACAUCAAGACCAAGGACAUGGGCAGCGGCAGCGGCAGGAACAUCAUCAGGAGCAGCCGCAAGAACAGCGGCAAGAACAGCAGCAGCAAGCACCCACUAGUAAUUCUAUUAAAAGUGCUGAUCUCGCUGUAUCGUUAAAUACCUCUGUUCCAAAUGAAACAUUGAGUAACUUUGCUUGUCAAGCGGCUCAGUAUGCUAAUGAUUUUGAAUAA